CAACCACAACUGAAUUUACAAUCCAUUCAAACACAAAUCAGUAACUUACAACUCAUGGCUACACAACUUGGCAACCAAUUGAACCCGACUGCUGCCUCUACCCCACCACAACCGUCGCAGGCCUACUAUGCUCCUCGGUCCUCAAACAAUAACCGAGGAAGUCGUGGAAAUUCAAGGGGUUCCUACAGGGGUAAUUAUCGCAACAACACUGCUCGCAACCGUGAAACUGGUAGUUCACGUCAGUUCUCUUGGGCAUCUACUCAAAACACCGUGUAUGGUCACUGCAACCAUUGCGGGAUUGGUCAUCUACCAUCUCAGUGCCCAAAUCAGUCUUCUCAACCACGCACCCAGUCUCAAGCAAAUUAUGCUACUCAUUCUGAUGCUGGUUCACACCGGAGCUUUAACUAUCUUCCUGAUACCGGAGCUAAUGAUCACGCUGCCACAGAUUUUGAAAGCCUUGACAACUCUGAGGCCUACUAUGGACGAGUCUACACGCACCAUCCUCCUAACGGGUCCAAGUGAACAUGGAUUGUACUCCCUUCGCCUUCCUCAGCUCAAGUCUCUUCCUAAAGUCGCCUUUACUGCCUUCAAAGCAUCGUCCACCAUUUGGCAUCAACGACUUGGACAUCCUCAUGCUCAAGUUUUCCGUUCUA